AUGCAAUCUUCCCUCCCAUCUGCCAUUAGAGAUGGCGUGCCGAAAGUGCAAGGCGCAGAGAAACGCUGCACGAAUCUCAACAAGCCUGCAGAUGCGCCAACCCCGGCAAUGAUGCCUGCCACACCCGUUCGUGCUCCUUUGGGCCGUAAGGCCAAGGCCACCCACGCCGUCGCUAAGGAGCUGAGCCCCGCUCCCAGCAACGACAGCGAUGCCCUUUCGUCCGCCCCUCCCGACGUUGAGAAGAAGUGA